UCUAAUGUGACGUCACAACAAUUGUUUUUCCUGAAUGAAUCACUAGGCGAAAUUCCUUGUUUUCAUUAGUAAAUCGGCUGUCCAGGGAGAAACUAAGAUGUUUUCCAGCGGCCCCAACUACAACAAACUGAAGACCAAUCUUCGAUUGGCUCUUAACCGUCUGAAAUUGCUGGAGAAAAAGAAGGCGGAGCUCGCCCAAAAGUCGAGGAAGGAAAUAGCCGACUAUUUGGCCACGGGUAAAACUGAGAGAGCUCGGAUUCGUGUAGAGCACAUUAUUAGGGAGGAUUACCUUGUGGAGGCCAUGGAAAUGGUGGAGAUGUACUGUGACCUGUUGCUAGCAAGAUUUGGUCUGAUUACCCAAAUGAAAGAACUUGACACUGGGAUCGCUGAGCCGGUAGCCAGCUUGGUGUGGGUGUGUCCCCGCCUCCAGAGCGAUAUAGCGGAGCUGAAGAUCAUAUCGGAUAUAUUUGUGACCAAAUACGGGCCCCAAUUCGCUGAGCAAUCGCGAACAGCCACUGGGGAGCACUUCGUAUCGGAGAAACUGAUGCACAAGCUCACGUUGCAGGCGCCACCCAAACUAUUGGUCGAAAACUACCUUAUUGCCAUUGCCAAGAACUACAACAUUGAGUACGAGCCGGAUCCGCAGGUCAUGCAGGAGGAUCAACCGCAGCAGCCGCAUUUGAUUGACCUUUCAGAUAGGAACAACUUGAGUGGUGGCGGUGGUGCUCCCCCACCGCAGAUGGGAUUCAUUGGAUAUCCGGCGGUGCCUCCACUGCCUCAUAUGCCGGAACCGCCCAGUGUGAAGCCGUUCAAUUACCCACCUUUCGGAGGAGGUGGUGGCGGAGGGGGAGGAGCUCCGGCCGGAGCAUGUGCCGCUCCACAGCCGAUGCAUCCACCACCGCCGUUCGCCUACAAUAUACCGCCCAAUCAGCCGGCACCACCUGCAGUCCUGCCUGCUAAAUGCGCCGAGGAAAAGGAUCUGAACACCAACUUUAUCAAUCGUGAAUCGAACAAUACGGAUGGCUCGGGCAGCCCGGAUGAGAAUAUUUUGCGCCCCAAACCCGAUAACGACCCGCCGCCGCGUUACACCUCGAUUAAUCCCGUAAACCUCCAGAAUGCCAACAAACCGAAACCUCAACCCCGAUCAAAGCUGCCGCCGGGUAAUCCCACGUUCCCAAGUGCUCCUCCAGCGCUGGAUUUUCCAUCGUUGCCUAACGUGCCCAACGAUCUGCCAGAUAUUCCCGGUGCAGGUGCCGAAAAAAAGGACGACGAGGAAGAGAUUGACUUCGACGAUCUUUCACGACGUUUUGAGAACCUCAAAAAGCGAAAGUAAAGCUGGGCAGCAGAUGAAUUUUUUUAAUCUACAGUAUAUUUGUUAUAAUCUCGAUCCUGUUCUAUAUAAACAAUCACAUAUAUGUAAAGAA